CGUGCGCGCUGUCAUUACAGAGCAGCAGCAUGGAGGAUCCCGAAGCGUUGGGCUUCGAACACAUGGGCCUGGACCACCGGCUCCUACAGGCCGUCACCGACCUGGGCUGGUCGCGACCCACGCUGAUCCAGGAAAAGGCCAUCCCACUGGCCCUGGAGGGGAAGGACCUCCUGGCUCGGGCCCGCACGGGUUCAGGGAAGACCGCCGCUUAUGCUAUUCCGAUGCUGCAGCUGUUGCUCCACAAGAAGGCGACAGGCCCCGCGGUAGAGCAAGCUGUGAGAGCCCUUGUCCUUGUGCCGACCAAGGAACUGGCACGGCAGGCCCAGUCCAUGAUUCAGCAGCUGGCUGCCUACUGUUCUCGAGACAUCCGGGUGGCCAAUGUCUCAGCCGCUGAAGACUCAGCCUCUCAGAGAGCUGUGCUGAUGGAGAAGCCCGAUGUAGUGGUGGGGACCCCAUCCCGCAUAUUAAACCACUUGCAACAAGACAACUUGAAACUGCAAGACUCCUUGGAGCUGCUGGUGGUCGAUGAGGCUGAUCUUCUUUUCUCCUUUGGCUUUGAGGAGGAACUCAAGAGUCUUCUCUGUCACUUGCCCCGGAUUUACCAGGCUUUUCUGAUGUCGGCUACUUUUAAUGAGGAUGUACAAGCACUCAAGGAGCUGGUACUGCAUAACCCGGUUACCCUCAAGUUACAGGAGUCCCAGCUGCCAGGGCCAGACCAGUUACAGCAGUUUCAGGUGGUCUGUGAGACUGAGGAAGACAAAUUUCUGUUGCUGUAUGCCCUGCUCAAGCUGUCAUUGAUCCGGGGAAAGUCUCUGCUCUUUGUCAACACAAUGGAGCGGAGUUACCGGCUGCGCCUGUUCCUGGAGCAGUUCAGCAUCCCUGCCUGUGUGCUCAAUGGAGAGCUCCCACUGCGCUCCAGGUGCCACAUCAUCUCACAGUUCAACCAAGGCUUAUAUGACUGCGUCAUAGCAACAGAUGCUGAAGUCCUGGGGUCUCCGGUCAAGGGCAAGCAUCGGGGCAAAGGACCCAAGCGGAACAGGGCCGCUGAUCCGGAGGCUGGUGUGGCCCGCGGCAUAGACUUCCACCACGUGUGUGCUGUGCUCAACUUUGAUCUCCCCCCCACCCCCGAGGCCUACAUACAUCGGGCCGGCAGGACAGCGCGUGCCAACAACCCAGGCAUAGUCUUGACCUUCGUGCUGCCCACGGAGCAGUCCCAUCUGGGCAAGAUCGAGGAGCUUCUCAGCGGAGGGAACGGAGCCCCCGUCCUGCUUCCCUACCAGUUCCGCAUGGAGGAGAUCGAGGGCUUCCGCUACCGCUGCAGGGACGCCAUGCGCUCAGUGACUAAACAGGCCAUCCGCGAGGCGAGGCUGAAGGAGAUCAAGGAGGAGCUUCUGCACUCCGAGAAGCUCAAGACGUACUUUGAAGACAACCCCAGGGAUCUCCAGCUGCUGCGGCACGACCUACCCUUGCACCCCGCCGUGGUGAAGCCUCACCUGGGCCACGUCCCUGACUACCUGGUUCCUCCUGCUCUUCGCGGCCUCGUCCGCCCUCACAAGAAGCGGAAGAAGCCCCCUUCCUCUAAGAAGGCCAAGAAGGUGAAAACCCAGAACCCACUGCGCAGCUUCAGGCACAGAGAAGAGAAGCGCGGACCCACAGCAGCGCCCUCCUAAGCUUGUCCGGGGCCUCUCCCGGGGCUGAGCACAGAGUGUGGAGCAGGCUUCCCAGCCUGGAGGGAGCUUGAUUCCCGCACCGGAUGGGCUGGAUUCAGGGCAGGCAGCACUGUGGCCCUCUAGAUUCAUGGCCAGGAUGGUGCUUUGCCUUUAACAGCAGAAUAAAAAUCCUAGCUGCCCUGGUUUGUGCCUCCUGCCUGUAGGAAGGGGCCAUCCCUGGAAACCUUGGGAAUCAGAAACCACUUCCAGUAAGCAGUGCCUGGCUCUCUGCCUGCCGUGUACGGUGCCUCCUUGGCCAGAAGAGGUCAGCCAUGCCAUGCUGCAACCUGGUGCCUUCGGGCCCAGGAGACACCUGCCCUCCCGCCGGCAGCUCCGGCCUUCCUGUCUAGGAUCAGGCUGACAGCCUCCCUUCCCUGAAGCUCGGAAACGACUUCUCACCUGCCUGCCGGGAAGAUGGUCCUUCCCGACGACACCUCUUUCUCCAGACGUGGGUACGUUGUGAAUUCAGCCUUCCACUCUCUCAGGCAGCCAGGGACAGCUGUCCCCUCCCCAGACUGCUCCCUGCUCUGCUACGUGCAGCACACCUGGGUGCGGUUUUUGUUUUUGUUUUUUCUUUCAGUUCAAACUCAUUUUCCUUUCAUUAAAGUCCAAGUUAUCGAUACAUUACGU